AUGCCACCAAACUCUAAGAAUAAGAGAAGAAAGAAUAAGUCCAAACAGCACAACAAAAAGACUGAGAGUUUGGACCCUGAACAACAUAUUAACCCUACUCAUUUAGUCCCUCGAAUGGAACCAGAGCUGUACCAUACGGAAUCCGAAUAUCCAACGUCAAGAGUAAUAAAAAGGGCACCUAACGGUGAUGUCAUUGUAGAACCAAUAAAUACAGACGAUGAUAAGAAAGGACAUGUGGCGACAUUAACCGACGAUAAAGACACUAUGGACUCAGCCUCUUCUUUGGCUUUUACUCUGGAUUCCCAUUGGGAAUCACUAUCACCAGAAGAGAAGAAGGCUAUUUUACGAAUUGAAAAGGGCGAAGUAUUCAAUGUGAUAAGGAACUAUCAGGAUGAUCACAGUUGCAGUUGCUCGGUUUGUGGGCGUCGCCACUUAGCUAUGGACCAAGAAAUGGAGCGUAUUUACAAUACCCUCUACGCGAUGGAUAAAGAUAAAGACCCUGAAACUAACCCUGUCAAAUUUCAUCUAAGUAUAAUAAAAGAGCUACAGAUUUCAAAGAAUCAACAACAGAAUGAUGUGCAUCCUGCAAAGGGUGAAGUUGUAAAUAACUUUCUUUCCUCGAGCACGGUUGACUCCUUAAAAGAGGAAGUACUGCAUUUUAAGCAGAAACAAUUAUCCAAACAAGAACCAAUACACAACGAAAUAGUCAAUAGUGCUUCACUCCUUGAAGAAGAUUUGGACAAUGUACAUAUCAGCGAGACACCAAGAGCCGUUUCCCCAAGUUUUGACUCUAUGAACGAUGAGGAACUGAAGCAAAAAUACUCUAACUUCACAAAAACGUUUAUAUCGUCACACCCAAAAAUAGCGCAAGAGUACGUUCAAAAAAUGAUGAUGUAUCCAAAUAUAAGAACAUUAACUGAUGAUUUGAUGAAUAAUAACGGACAAGGCUUCCUAAACGCAAUUGAAGAUUUUGUGCAAGACGAACAAUUGUCAACCCCGCAUACAGAUGACAACAUAUCUGGCGAUAAGUCGUCUUACGCGGAUCUCACUGAUCCAAAGGAGUUUACGACAAUGUUACAUAGUGGGAAACCACUAACAACUGAUGAAUAUGCUGACCUUCAGCGCAAUAUUGCCGAAAGGAUGACCAACGCAUACGACACUUCGAGUAAGCAAUUCAAAGAUGUAUCACAGUUGGAGAAGGAGCUAUUCACGCGAUUUAUGUUUGGUACCGAUAAGAAAUACUUUAGGGAGUUAAUAAUUCAAUCAUUUAGAAAUAAAUUUGACGGAGAAUUGGGCCCAUCUGUCAUGGCAGCCACUCUAAGUUCGUGCUUUUCAUCUCAAACGAAAGAUAAUUCACUGGAUACGGAUUCCAUAUACGAAGAUGAAGAAGAUGAUGAUUACGACUAUUCAGAAUAUGCUGAAGAUAGUGAAGAAAUAUCUGAUUACGAAGGAAUAGACGACAAAAAGAGAUUUUCACACUUUGAUGACGAAAAUAGUGAAACACAUGACGUACUGCAUCUGAACCACGAUCCCGGACAUAAACAACAAGAACAUCCUCAUCAUCAUCACAAUGUUAGCGCCCACAGCGAGGACGAAGCAGUGAGUGAGGAGGAAUACAUUUCCGAUGUCGAUUUACAUCAUGACCCUCACCAAGACUACCAUCACCAGGAUGGCAUAAUCGACGAAGAUGAAGAUGAUUUAGAGGAAGGUGACGAAGAUGGAGAACAAGAUGAGGAAGAAGACGAAGAAGAUGCAUAUGAUAGUGGUCUUGACGAAACGGAUCGUUUAGAAGAAGGUCGUAAAUUAAUACAGAUCGCCAUUACAAAAUUAUUACAAAGUAGGAUAAUGGCUUCAUACCAUGAGAAGCAAGCUGACAAUAAUAGGUUGAAACUACUGCAAGAACUAGAGGAAGAAAAAAGAAAGAAAAGAGAAAAAGAGGAAAAGAAGCAGAAAAAAAGAGAGAAAGAGAAAGAAAAGAAGAGAUUACAACAAUUGGCAAAAGAGGAAGAGAAACGGAAAAGAGAGGAAGAAAAAGAGAGACUGCAAAAGGAAUUAGAAGAGCGUGAAAUGAAAAGACGGGAGGCCCAAAGGAAAAAGGUCGAGGAAGCUAAACGGAGAAAGGACGAAGAAAGAAAACGGAGGUUAGAAGAGCAACAGCGUAGAGAAGAAAUGCAAGAAAAACAGCGGAAACAGAAAGAAGAACAAAAGCGCAAGAGAGAAGAGGAGAAAAAACGUGUUAGAGAAGAAAAGAGACUGGAACAAGAAAAAUUACAGAAUGAAAAAGAAGAGGAGGAAAGGCAAAGGACACUAGCUGAGAACGCGCUAAGACAAAAAGAGCUGAGUGAAGAACAAAUGUCUUCAAUAGUCGAUCCUACUAACUUCUUCGCCGAGAGUGGGGUUUCUAAUUCUGCCACACCACAAUUACUUCCUAGCAUUAAUAGAUACCAAGAGAACAAUAAUCGCAGCAUCAAUGACGAAAUACUUAAAAUGGUCAACAGCGUAGCGGCAUCUAAACCAGUUUCACCAACAGGUUUCAAUGUUCAUGAUUUGCUCCGCUCGUCCAAUGAUACCCAGAUUGUAGAAAUAGAAAACAUGCAGUCAUCUCAACCAGCCAUCACAAACAACUUAUUUGGGAGUACAACUAUCCCAAAUACUGUGGAUUUCUCUACUAAAUCUUCUUCGCAUGUUGAUAACGAUUAUUUGAUGAACUCGCGGGCCCAACAUAAUAACAGUAUGUUGAUGCCCAAUGGUUCAUCUUCAACCAAAAGACUACCAGAUGAUUUUGGGUUACCAUCCUGGAAUGGCUUGGCAAAUCCACUGUCUACAAACUCUACAUGUAACUCAUCGAAUAUCCAAGCAACAGGCCUGUCACCACAACCUCAACAGCCCAGCCCUCAACCAAGCGUACCAUCAUUUGGGUUAUCUAAUGAUGGUGCUCAUCGAAAAUCAUUUGCCGAGGAAUUGAACACUUUGACUAGUAUGCUCUCUUCCACUGGGUUCGUGGACACAUCCCUUACAUCAUCGGGAUUCCCACAAUCACAGCGUUCAGUGUGGAACGACCAACAGAGCUCAUUUUCGGGGCCUACAACGGCUGGAAACUUCAAUAACAGCAACAUACCAGGUGGAAUGAUGCUCCCACCCACGAUGGCAAAUGUUGAACCGCUCCCACACAGAACUUCUAUUUGGGACAGCAGUCCUUCUUCUCUGCUAAACAAACCCGACGUCACUGAUCGCAGUAUCGCAAGUGCCGCUCAAGACAGCCCUGCGUUCAUGACAUCGAACAUCUGGUCCAAUAACAACCACUAUAGCUCACCAUACUUGGCUAGCAAUACUCUCCAACCUUCGGGAACUCCGAAUGGAAUGGAUGAAAGUCAUAUUUUAGAUAGCAUUUACAACACUUACUUGUCCAUCUCUCCCCAGGACAGUUUAAACCAGUACGUAGCUGUUGGAACGCUAUACCAAAGCUUAUUGGGAUUGAAUCUGGAUUAUCCAGCGUUUAUCAACAAGCUUAUAAGCAUGCAAGCUGCUUAUAAUUGCGAAUUUUUCACUGAUGGGAACGGAACCAUUACUCAUGUUCGAUUUAUUAGGCAGAGCCCCGUGAGUCACUCAAAAGGGUUACUAAGUCAAUUAUUUAAUGGCAUGAACGACCGCACCAAUACGCCUUUCACAUCAAGACCUCAUACUUCGACACCCACCACUUUUCCAAUAGCUUCUUCGACUUCGCAAACGAGUUAA